ACCGCAUGCACACCGCCACGAGCGGCCACGUCGGCCCGCCGCCGUACCCGUGCGCACAUGCUCUCGAUCAUGGCCACGCUCCCUAGAGCAGCCACGGCCCUCGUUUCGCACUCCUCGCCGUGCACGGCGCCUAGCUAUAAAACUCCCUGAGCUCCCGAGCUGGCUACGGCGUGCGUGCGCUAGCUAGACACACGGCACAAACACUAGCUACCUAGCUAGCUUGAGAUCGACCGGGCUUGCUUGGCUGUGCUCGGCUCGAGCGCGACGAUGGACGCGGCGCAGGCGGGGAGGGGGAGGGGGAGGGGGAGGAGGCCGUCGGAGGUGAGGGCGGAGGGGCUGAUGCGGGGCGCGUGCGCGGCGCUGGCGGCGGCGUCGGCGCUGCUGAUGGGGCUGGACACGGAGACGGAGACGGUGCUGCUCAUCAGGAAGAAGGCCACCGUCAAGGACGUCCACGCCCUCUGGGUUCUGACGGCGGCGGCCGGCGCGGCGGCGGGGUACCACCUGCUGCACCUGCUCCGGUGCCUCUACCUCGGCCGCUUCGCCCACAACCCCUGCCGCAACAGCAGGGCCCUAGCCUGGGCGUUCCUCCUCCUCGACAAGGGUUGCGCGUACCUGACGUUCGCGGCGACGGUGGCGGCGGCGCAGGCGUGCCUGAUCGCGCUGGACGGCGCGCAGGCGCUGCAGUGGAACAAGCUCUGCAACAUCUUCACCCGCUUCUGCCAGCAGGUCGCCGGGAGCCUCGUCUGCGGCGGGCUCGCCGCCGUCGGCACCGCCGUCCUCUCUGCGCUCUCCGCCCGCAACCUCUUCCGCCUCUACCCCUCCCUCUGCUCCCACCCUCACCGCUCCUCCUCCACCACAAAGUAGCCGGCCCGGCCCGGCCCGGCCCAUGAACCUCACCCAGUACCAGGGUGGUGGUGGGCUCCCGAUGAUCGAUCACCAGCAGCUAGCCGCCUUUAGGAGACGCUCGGCCCGACUACGCCCAAGUGGACUCCUUGGGCUUUUCUUCCAUUUCGUUGUGUCACUACUAGUGUGAGAAGGCAUUAGACAUGACUGUCUGUAUGUGUGCUGCAGUAGUGUGUUCCUCCAGAAAAAUAUGUAUCAGUGUGCUUGUGUAGUUGUAUCUUAUAUGUAUGUACUCUCUGUGUAAUGUUCAUGGACCAUGCACCCUCU